AUGACUUACACUUGUGUUCAAUUCUUGGUGCAUUUUAAACCACGCCCCUUUCCUCCUAACUUGUCUGUGAUUGGUCUAUUACCACGCCUGUCAGGUAAAACUCAGCUCUGUUAGGACUGUGCCCUUCAGUUGUGUAGUUUCUGCACAGCACGUGGUUCUACUUGGCCUUGGCUUUCAGUGGACUGCACUUGAGCGAAUUUCAUCUUUUUCAAAGUCUCUUCAACGGUUGAAAGGUCUUUCUUCUUUGUGUGUACUGGACUUCAUCAGCAGAACCAGCGGAUAAUUCUAGUGGAUUGAAUUUCCAGGCACGUCACAAAGUUACAGAGGAACAGGAAUUGGUUUAAAUUAUUGUGUUCAUUUAAUACAACUGUUUUCUGGUGUAUAUUUUACUGUUUCUGUGUGAGUUUUUGUAUUUGUAAGAUGCCUCGCCUGAAGAAACACAACCGUUCCAUCGCGGCUAAGAAGAGCAUGGAGGAACGCCUGGCAGCAGUGGUGGCAUCUGCGCCUUUGGUCCCCACCACUUGCUUCCCACCACCAACACGUGGUCCCUCACGUCGUGGUACUGGUCUUCGCCACCGUGUGAGCACCUGGCCAGUUUCCCCCCUGACUGGCAGGAGUCACAAGAUGAUCAUCCCAGCCGAGUCACCUGACAAGAAGUUUGUUCUUUUUGUCGGUGAUUCCCACCUGCGUGCCAUUGUUGAUGGCCAUGUGAAGAUUUCGCACAAGCUGCUUUCUUUUGGUCUCAUGUCAACGCCAGGGGCUGACGCCAAGGACCUGAGGACUGAGAUGGUGAGUGCAGUCCUGCCCAGGACCCCUGACCUUGUUUGUGUUCUUGCACCCAGCAACAACUUGACUAGGGGGACAUUGGAUCAGGCUGCAGUGGACUUUAAGGAGCUUCUCACCAGUGCCUUGUCUCGGUGGCCGAAGCUGUUUGUCCUGGACUUCCCUCCACGCCGGACUGUGGAUCAGGACCUGCAGGAACUUUUUCGCCAAGAAUUUCACCGUGUGGCUGCACGCAAGGGUGUGAGGUACUACUCUAUCGCAGAGUGUUUUCCUCUCAGCCAGCGUGACCUGUGGAGUUGGGAUGGGGUUCACCUGAGCGAUGGAUCUGGGAUGAGGACACUGGUGACAUUGCUAUGCGACAAAUCCAGUCAGGAGCUAGAGAUGGCUGUUGCACAGGAGGAGUUGCGUAGCAUGUUGCCAGCUGUUCCUGCUCCUCGUCCGGCUCCGAGGUUGGUUGUGGUUGGAGAGGCUCGCUCUUCACGUCCGUUGCACAACCCAUUGGAUUGGAAGGUGGUUGAACCACGCAGGACGGGGAGCAGCUUGCCCCCUAAGGGAGUGAAGGUUCAGCUCAGGGAUUGUUUCAUCCCUCUCACUCCUGUUUGGUUCAGCCCACCAAUGUUGGAGAUGAUGGACAGUGUCCGCCCGGGCAAUCUUGAUCGGAAGGAGCCCAGUACUUCUGCCAAGGGACCAAUGGUGGUCAAGCGUCCUAGGAGCCCUUUUGCGGCAAAGAAGAGCUGUGGGAAACAGAAGGUGAAGGUGGAGGAGUGGCCUGAACUUCCCAAGGCUGUGUCAGUGGAGGUGGGGGAUUGGCCUGGAGUGCCCAAGGCUGUGGAGGACGUCCCCGUGGAGCGUCCCCGCAGACGCAUUGUCUUCAAGAAGAGGCGUACUUCUCAGCAG